UUCUGAGAGAUUGGUAGCCAUGAUCAUGACCUGGAGACAUGGUUUCGUUAUGCUUCUUGCUCUCGUGUUGGUGCUUGAUGAACGUCAAGCAGAUGGUGCGGUGUCGGCAGAAGUGCAAAAGCUGAUCCAUCAAGCCAACCUGAAUGGCCCUUACGUAGGCUUGGUGAUUCCAAACCUUUUCGAAUUGAGCCCUCUUCUUCGCCAUCCUAACUUCACUUCCACCAACUUCACUAUACCUUUUUCUGGAAGGAGAUUUCGGUUUGGAAUCAUUGGAGAGAAAAGGGUCAUACUAGUCAUGACAGGACUGAGCUUGAUAAAUGCAGGCAUAACCACCCAGCUAUUGCUGACUUUAUUCAAGAUCGAAGGGGUUGUCCAUUAUGGAAUAGCAGGAAAUGCCAAUCCCUCCCUAAACAUUGGAGAUGUCACUAUUCCUCAAUAUUGGUCACAGACAUCUCUUUGGUAUUGGCAGAGGUACGGAGAUGGACCCUUAGACGAGCUAGCCCUCGAAUCAAAUGGAGACUACACCAGGGAAAUUGGGCUCCUAAAAUUUGCUAAUUUUACCACAAAUGUGACUGCCUGUCCCUCAGAUGACAACCUAUUGAACAAUGUUUGGUAUCAGCCAGAGGAAGUUUUUCCCAUAGAUGGAGCUCCUGAACAAAGGCAGCAUGCCUUCUGGGUCCCUGUUGAUUCCAAAUACUUCAGAACUGCUAAAACUGUGGAGGACUUGAAACUGGAGGGUUGCCUGAACUCAACAGCAUGUUUGGAUGAGAAACCGAAGGUGGUCACUGUCCAAAGAGGAACAAGUGGCAGCAUUUUCCUAGACAAUGCUGCUUAUCGCAGCUUCAUUUACAGCAAGUUCAACGUAAGCCCUGUCGACAUGGAGAGCGCAUCGUUGGCUCUGAUAUGUCUGCAGCAAAGGGUACCUUUCAUCAUUAUCAGGGCUCUCUCCAACUUGGCAGGUGGCGGCUCUGCUGAAUCAAAUGAGAUUGUUGAAGCUAAUACUUGCAUGCAACCUGCAGUAGCAGUUUAACACUUGUCCAAACUCAACUUUAAGUCCUUAACAGCUAUUACUCCUCUCAGCUUAUGCAUUUACGUGUUGUCAUGCAUGCUUAGUUCUUAAUGCAUUUUAACACUUGUCUUAUGCUUCUGACCAAGUGUUGUUGACUAUUAUCCACGUAUGAAUCUGUUGUACUUAAAUAUCU